CUCAUCUGUUGCAAACACUUUGAGCCUUCCUUAUUUCUCAGAGAGGAAGUAUGUGGCCUGUUUGGCAAAUGCUGCUCUACAUGACAGCGUGAACUUCACAACACACUCAUUCGACCGGCUGCUCCUUGACUUGAUCAGCUAAACCUUGCUGGCAGCAUAAGCACAGUAUUAUGACUACGGCUUUUUUGAGAAAUACUGCAACCUGGAAUAUCAUGCCUAGCAUUUAAAGUUCUGAAGAGCUUUGACAGAAUUAGAGAGCGCAAUGGGCAAUACUGUAAAAACGCCGAGAGCCUCCGAAGAAACAAAUGUGCCAAGCCAAACGGGUCAGGAGAGUGAUUUCCUUGCUGUCCUCUAUGACUAUCCUUCAGCAGACAUAAGCCAACCUAUAUUUCACGUAGGGGAAAAACUACGUGUGCUAUCAGACGAAGGAGGCUGGUGGAGAGUCCAUUCCCUUACAACAGGUCGAGAAAACUAUAUUCCAGGAAAAUAUGUAGCAAAGGUUUACCAUGGCUGGUUAUUUGAAGGGCUGGGAAGAGAAAAAGCAGAGGAACUUCUACAGCUACCCAACACCAAGGUCGGCUCCUUCAUGAUCAGAGAGAGUGAAACUAGGAAAGGGUUAUAUUCCUUGUCGGUGCGGCACAGGCAAGUGAAACAUUACAGGAUCUUCCGCCUUCCAAAUAACUGGUAUUACAUCUCUCCACGGCAAACCUUUCAGUGCCUUGAAGACCUUGUGAAUCACUACUCAGAAGUUGCUGAUGGUCUCUGCUGUGUCCUUACAACACCUUGUCUUACCCAGUGCACUAACAACAACAGCGUAAUGAAUCAAGUUCCUCCUGUGGUGAUGCGGAAUAAAAACUUCAACUGGAGAAAUAUUCACAGGCUGGAGGUGACUGAAGAUACUGAAAGCACCCUGGCAGCAAUGGAUGAUUCUUGUCUCAGCUAUGGCCUGAGGGAAAGUAUUGCUUCCUACCUCUCCUUAACAGGGGAUGACAAUGCUUCUUUUGCAAGUACCAGAAAGAAGAAAGCCCAAUCUCUUAUAUACACAGGGAGCAAACGUAAGAGUACCCUUCACUUGCCACCGACAUACUAUGAAGACUAAAUGUAAGACAACCAGGGGAAAAAAAAAAAGCCUGAGGGGUUAGAAGGGAAACCCAGAGCAUUCUGUGGUCCUGCAGUCCUUCAACAGCUGAGACACACAAGCACACCAGUUAAUGAUCAAAUGCUGGCAAUGCUUCUGCAUUUCCUCUUCUGAAUGUUAACUAGAGACCUUCUUAAGGGUGCUAUCUCAGCCAUGGCAUAUGCUGAGAACAUCUCCAGUGCACCUGAUAUUAGAACCUGCUCACAAGCAAGAUAAACUGAGAGAGACUCUAAGUCAAGAGCCAAGUGAGGCAGAUGACUCUUCAGCAAGGUUGAUGCCCACCAUUGUACAAAGGUGACUGCAUAGGCAAGGACUAACUACAGCUCAAGAACUUAAAUUAAGUCUUACUUUGGUAUUCUCCACAAGGCUGAAAACCAUCUUUAUAGAACUUAUCUACAUUGAGAAAGGAGCCUUUGUCUUGUCCAUAUAGAAUAAUUCAUUGUCAUUGACAAUGGAUCAGAAAGUCGUCAAUAACCCCAAGAAAGUAUCUAACAUCUGGCAUCCAAGAAACACCUGACUAUAGUGACUCCAUACUUCUGUCAUUUUUGUCUUUUAGGG